GACCCCUUUUAUAUUUCAGAGAUAUUUAAUAUAAGAAGAAAAAAAAAGAAAGGAGACGCAACAAACUCCAAAGAAAAUAUAGAAAUCAAUCGUUAAACGCGAAGAGCAGGAACAACUGCGAGGGGCAAGCGAUUGUUGCCCAUUGAAGUAGAGAUUCGACACGAAUUUUGGAGUUAUCAAUCCCAAUAGAUUCUUUGAUUGCGACUAAGAAGAAUAUGGCGGUUUAUGAGCAAACCGGAAUAGAUACAUCGAAGAAGAGGAAGCCGAGGGCUCGAGCAGACGGUACAACGGUGGCUGAUAGGCUAAAGAAGUGGAGAGAGUACAACGAGACUGUUGAUGCUUCCUCCAUAGAAGAAGGAGAGAAACCAAGACGGAAGGUUCCUGCGAAAGGGUCAAAGAAAGGUUGUAUGAAAGGUAAAGGAGGACCAGACAAUUCUCACUGUAGUUUCAGAGGAGUUAGACAAAGGGUUUGGGGUAAAUGGGUUGCAGAGAUCCGGGAACCGAAUAGAGGAAGCAGGCUUUGGCUUGGCACUUUUCCUACCGCGGAAGAAGCUGCAUCUGCUUAUGAUGAAGCGGCUAAGGCUAUGUACGGUACAUUGGCUCGUCUUAACUUCCCUGAAUGUGUUGGCUCUGAGUUUACCAGUACGUCGAGCCACUCUGAGGUGUGUACGGUCGAGGAUAAGGCGGUUCUUGGUGGUGAGGUUUGUGUGAAGCAAGAGGAUGCUGAUUGUGAAUCUAAACCAUUUAGUCAAACACUAGAUGUUAAGGAAGAGUCUAGUGAAACCAGUAGGCUUGCGGAUGAACAUAGAGAUGCGAAUAGGAUGCUGAAUUACGAUUGGCUGAAUGAGUUUGAGCAGCAGUAUUUGAAGGAGAAAGAGAAACCAAAGGAGGAAGACAAAGAAGUGAUACAGCAGCUGGAGAAGCAGGAGACGGAUUUGCUUAGUGUUGCAGAUUAUGGUUGGCUUAAUGAUAUGGAAAAGGAGCAGGGUUUUUGGAAUUCGCAUGAAUUUUUUGAUGUUGAUGAACUCCUUGGCGAUAUGAAUGAAGGUAUGUUACCUGAUCCUAGUCCUAACCAAGACCAAAACCGGAUAUAUGAUUCGUAUCCGCUUCAGCUCGAGCCACACGAUGGUCACGAGUUCUUCGACUUGAGUUCUCUGGAUCUUUGAGACUUUUGAGGCGAUGAACAACAGAGUUUUUGGAUUUGAUCAUAGGACAUGAGGGUCACGAGUUCUUCGACUUUGAGUUCUCUGGAUCUUUGAGAGUUCUGAGGCAAUGAAUGGUCUACUACAGAGUCUUUGGAUUUGAUUAUAGCAGAAACAAGAAAUGGGUGUUGAUGAUCUGAACUCACAACGAGAAAUAUAGUACCUUUCUAGUCUUCUAAACUCUUUCCUUUUGAUCAUGUAUUGAGUUAAUAUAGAGAACAAUGGAGGUACUCUUUUUCUCCU